AUGGAACCCAGGGACCGGCAGCUCAUGGUGGCGCUUCGGAUCCGUCCGCUCAGUGACACAGAAGUGGAGGAGGGAGCCACCGCCAUGGCCCACAAAGCGGGUGACCAGCGUGACCGGGACGCCAGGCUGCAGAAGGCCGAGAGGCGAACGGACACGCGGAUCGAUUGUGAAAGGGUCCCCUCCCCACCCCACCCCCCGCAGGGCUCGCCAGCGGCCUUCUCUCGAAAUCCCCGCAUGCGAGCCGGCUCUCUGUGGCCCCCAGCUGCGACGGCCGCCCAGGACACAGAGGACGCCAGCCGCCUGCAGAGGAACAGGAUCCGGGCCCAGCCGGUCGGGGCCGUUCGGGAGCAGCUGGAGGUGCAGCGCCGUCAGGCAGAGCUGGCGAACGCUGACCUCGAGCUGCACGCUGGCCUGUCCCGCCCCCUGCUGGCCGUCGCGGACUGGGAGCCAGAGAAGACCCACCACCAUGCCCGGGAGGCAGAGGCGGCCGCCGCAGAGGACGCGGACCGGGAUGAGGGCGGGCCCGCAGAGCCACACGAGGUGGCCCUGGCCAGAGAGGAGGUCAGCACGCUGCUGGCCGAGCAGCAGAGGACCGCGGCCCUCAAGGCUGCGCUGGGGCAGCGCCUGGCCAGCGCCCAGAGCGAGGCCGCGCCCCCGGAGCAGCUGCUGCGGGCGGGCUGGAGCGAGGACCAGCGGGAGGCGCUGAGGCUGCCGCGCCGCGCCCACGCGCUGGAGGCGGAGAACAUGGGGCUGCAGGCCAGCCUCCGGCGCAGGGAGAGCCUGCUGGGCCAGACGGACCUGGUCCUCCGGCGCUGCCACCAGCACCUGCGGCUGUGCCAGCGCAUCAUCCAGGACCAGCGGCGCCUCCUUCAGGACGGCGGCCUCCCAGUGCCAGCAGCGCUGGCCGAGCGCUACAGCCUGUACUCCCAGGAGCGGGGCGAGGGCUCGCUGGACCGCCUGCUGCGGCUGCACUCAGUGAUGGUCAGCGCCCUGUGGGAUGGUCCUGUUGUGAACACAUCGCCGCCGCCAGAGGAGGCCAGCCGAGAUGAGCUGGACGGCGGGAAGGAUCCCCUGUGCAGUGCCCAGUUUCAGCUGCCGCCGAUGCUGCUGGAGACAGACAGCAAUGGCUACAAGUCACCAAAAGCCACACCCUCGAAAAAGCCGGGCAGGCAGGGUGUCCUCGUUCCGCCGCCGGCCUCCCGCAUCCUGCUCCUGCCGCCAGCUCGCGAGAAGUCCGGCUCCCUGAGUGCGGGGAGCCGGGUCUCCAAGCUGCGCUUGCCAGCCAGCCCGGAGCGGGGCCCCCCAACAGCAGCGGCGGCCGCCCUCGCGGAGAUGGCCGCGGGCACCAAGAGCAUCGCUCUCAUCGUGGCCACCUGGCGCUCCAGGGUGCAGGCCCACGGCGGGGGCAGUGGCCGCUCCUCCCUCCGCCUGCCGGAGGAGGGGGCCCCGGACUCCAGGGACCUGAGCCCAGAGGACAGGAGGUGGCCCCGUGCCAGCCUGGGCGGGGGCGGCUCCGCGGAGAGGAAGGCCAGCAAGAAGCGGUCCCCCUCCUCACCUAGGGCGCGGAGGCCUUCCGACAGCGGAGGCCGACGCCACAGCCCGCGGUGCCCCAGCAGCCCUCGCAAGCAGCAGGGCGGCAGCGCCCAGGGGCGGAGGAGACCGGAGUGA